UUGCUCUGUUGUUGAAAGUGUGUGGUGGAUGGUGUCGCAAAGAAAUUAAAUGCUUGUGUCAAAGGUUUUUGCUCCAUCCAUGAACAAGAGUUUAAGUCUCUGGCGUAUGCUACGGCUAGCGUUGCUGUUGUUGUUGUCACAAAUUGUAAACAAAAGCAAAGCUCAAUAUGUAAAUGCUAGUAAUUUCUAUACAGCUGGAGUUGUGGAAUUCCGUCCCACAAUAGCCGGCAUGUCAUCGGCGGAUUUAGUAGCUGAUCACUUAAGGGCAUAUCUAGAGAUAAUUACCUCAAACGAGGCAGCAGAUGUGGACAUACUUGUAUUUCCGGAGGGUACCUUGAACAAUGCCCUACAAUUAACCUAUGUUCCAUCCGAAAAACAAGAGAUCAUCCCAUGCUCCCACCCCAAUGCCACAGAAUAUGCCGAGUUUUUAGUUGCACUCUCUUGUGCGGCAGCCCAAGUCCGCAAGUAUUUGGUUAUUAAUUUAAGUGAAAAGGAAGACUGCCCCGCCACGCCGGCCGAUACCAGGCCCUGUGCCACGAACGGCCUGAAUGUUUACAACACAAAUGUGGUCUUUGACCGUGAGGGUCGUAUAAUUUCACGCUAUCGUAAAGUCAAUAUUUAUGUGGAGAAUAAAAACACCACCCUGCAACCGGAGUAUGGCAUGUUCGAUACGGAUUUUGGGGUGCGUUUUGGCCAUUUCAUAUGCUUUGAUAUGCUCUUCUAUACGCCGGCCCAGGAAUUGGUACAUCGUUAUGGUAUCAGUGAUUUGAUUUUCACCAGCCUUUUUUAUUCGGAAUUGCCAUUUUUAGCAGCCACUCAACUUCAACAGGGCUGGGCAUGGGGAAAUAAUGUAAAUUUAUUGGCAGCAGGUGCAAGCAAUCCCCGCGCUGGUAGCACUGGAACGGGCAUUUUUUCGGGCAGAAAAAGGGCCCUGGCUUCGGUGAUGAUAACCUCCGGCGAGGGAGAAAGAAAGCUGUACAAGGCCCGUGUGCCAAAGAAGGGAACCCUGGAUUUCGAUUAUGAGAUUGAUUAUGAAAACUCUACGAGGGGGGAAGAGAAACUAAACUCCUCUACUGGUCGCCAUUUGGAUGGCAUGCGUCUUCUAAAGGAUCCUCAAAUCGUGAAUUUCAAUUCAAUGUUGCUGCCACUUGGCCAAAGGAUAUUUGAAAAAAUUUGCCAUGAAGAUUUUUGCUGUGAAUUUUCGCUUGAAUCCGAACUCGUGGAGGCUCACAACAACACUCCAACCUAUAAAUAUCGCAUGGGUGUAUUUAGCGGUAGCCGUAGCUAUGAAAAGGAUCAGCGUAAUAACAUUAAAGUUUGUGGCAUUUAUAGCUGCCGCAAUGAUCAGCCCGAAAGCUGUGGAGAGCUGUGGGAAUCGGAAGAGUUUAAUAGUGAAGUGUAUUUGACAAAUAUCCUAAUAAAGGGGAAAUUUCCCAAGGCCCCAGAAUUAUUGAUAAUGCCAAGUAGCUUGGAUGCCAAUUUAAAUCCCGUGAUGGGCGGUGAGGCCUAUUGGAAGUAUGAGCCACAGAACAAACACAUUGAUGUCGAUGUUUGGUUGCACGGCAGACGUCGUGAUAUAAUGACCUUUGGCCUUUAUGCCAACUAUUAUAAUUCAGGUGUUGGUGCCAUGGUUCUUAACAAAAUGUUGGCCAUAUUUUUGGGGGUGAUUUUUAUUUUUAUGGUUAAACAGUAAAGCAAAAAAUGGGAAUUUUUGGUUUUAAAAAUCUCUUAAUUCAAAAUCUUAAAUAUUUUUUUAAACAAAAAAUGCGUAACGUUGCUUUGCCAAAAAUCAAGCUGGCUGUAAACAUAUUUUCAAUACGUGUGUAAAAAAGUAUUAGAUGUUUGUAAAAAAAAGUUAAAGUUUAAGAUUACAUCCCUCAAAGGGAUCUCUUUAAUUUUAUUUUAAGUAUAGCCCCCCUCCCACUUCUGCUAAAGCCCCACAUUGUAAAUUUCCCAGAUUUAUAGACUUUAAUUGCUAUCAAUCGUUUUCCUUUCCAUGCUCAUCCUUUAUCCCUUUGUGACACUGUGUGUGUGUGUGCUUUCUCCGCCUGUGUCUAAUGACACACACACACACAGCCUCCCCCCCCCCCCUUAUUAAAUAAUUCCCACACCCCCAAUGUAUUGAAAAAUUUCUUGGUUAAAAGAAAUCAUUAUUGGAAAUCUUUUAAUGAUGACAAAAUGAUACCAAAA